AUGUCCAUCACAGUUGACACUAUGAGUGCGCAGCCUCUGGGCCCUUACCGUCAGCUGCAUAACUUCACGAGCACAGGUGAACUUCGCAGGGCAGUCAUGUCGAAGGAAGAUGAAUACAGCAAGUUCGAGAGGGAAAUUGUUGUCGAGGUGAAUGAACUCCGCCGCGACCCCGCACGUUACGCGGAUAUCUUACGGGAGGAAGCUACCGUUGGUUAUCCUUACGUUCGUGCUGAUCCGAAGACGCAGUGCUGCCCAGAGAUGACGCUCGAACAAUUGAAGGUGUAUAUUCAGGAUUUUAAGCAAGAGCACAAUGCACUAGAGGAAUCCAUCGCAUCGCUGAAAAAGGACUGGAAUGAUGCACAGCUCGACAUGAGGGAGCGAUGGAACCACGAGGACGCUGAGCGAGCCAAGAAGUUACGACGCGCCAACAUACGAAAGCGGAGAGGAUCGUCGUUGAUUGAUGACGACUACUUGGAUAGGCGGCAGCGAGCCAUAAUGCGGAUGAGUGAGGAGUUUAAGAGCCAGAUAAAGGAGGCUGAAGAGAGAAAGCGGUACGUCGAGCGCUCAUGCAUGUGGGCAACGGAGGGCGCGACCCUAAUUCUGAACUGCGCUCAAUGGUUGAUGCAAGCGGAAUCAGUACCUUUACUGGAGUACAGCCGUAGUUUGACCCUUGCUGCACGAGACGUAAGUAACGGACAUCAGAGCGUGUUGGGUGUUGUUGCGGCAGCAGAAAGGCCUCAUGGGUCGCCGCCGAAGAAGGGGAUGAGGCGGGUUCGAGCCAGUACGGAAAGCACCGUAAAAGGAUCGCAGGUGCCCACUAGCACGACUUGCGCCAUGAGCGAGUUGAGUGAACACACUAACAGCAUGGCAAAGUUGUCCGCAGGGCUGUCGGGUGAAGGGAGCAGUGAUAGCUACAAGGGGAGUAGUGAGUGCGGCACGGAUGGGGACAGUGAUGAUAUGGAACGGAGGCAAGGCCAUUUUAACAGUGGCCGGAACUCAUAUCCUUCACUUAGCCUUUCACAAACGGGGGCCCAACGUAUGGAUCAAUCUCUCCUCGCUCUUGCGGAGGAAAGCGAAUCACUGAAGCAAACGACUGUAAGUGUGUACGGAAAGUACGGUCACUUGUCUGGGGCACUUCGUGGAAUUCAGAUGUGUAAUGCUUUCACACCACGAAAAAUGGUGUUGCAAAUGCUCCUCGCACAGAGACUACCAGAGUUCCUUCUUUUGGCACCCAACGUCAAUGCCGAGGCUUACGAAUUUCCCGCAGGAUCAAUUCGCAACCCACUUCUUUGGAAAGAUGGUCGUCUUUUGGGGUGUGGCUGGGUGCGUGCUCCUGAUGGUAGGGUGAGUUUGACGCUAUUGCUAGCAACAAAUUUCGAAGAACUUAGCCUGAUCCAUGAGCAACGGGACUUUUCACUCCCUCAAAUCCAUCGCAUUAUAAAUAGCAACAACAACAACCAGAAUGGUGAUGAUUCUCCUCAGAGUCAAUCAAGAAAGAAGGAGUUGCUGAGUGGCCGUGUCGUUGUACAGUUGCAAUCUUCGCUGUUUGUGGAGGUGGUCGAACCAACUUCUCACCCCAUUUUUGCUGACAGGAACCAACAUGUUGUACGUGUAGUUGUUCGAGCGUGCAUGUGCGAUGUUGACAUUUCGGCAACGGCGACGUCAACCUUGGACCCUGUGCCCAUGGUUCCCCUUUUAGACAAGGAGUUGAUUCUCGUUCAACGAAGACUUGACGACUUGAAUGAGGUGGAAAUUCUUUUAGAUGUCCGCUCUGCUCGAAUGCGGUGGUCAUCUCAACCACUACUCGUGCACAUAUUUGAACGUCCACGGGGGUUGGGCGCCGUUGAGCCAUUCAGAAAUGUAGGUUGCAUACGCGUGACACCCACGAAUCAGUGCUCCCUUGUUCAACCUGAGCAAAACUACGGUUCUUUGGUGCGGUAUCAACAACACCACCAUUGCCAUCAGCCGGGGUUGCAUCAAGUGCCGGCCGAUGGGCCUGUGGUACGUUUGCCAUCUGCACUACUUCAGUUGCGGUGUGCCUGCCCCAUCGAUCAGACCGAGGAACCUUGCGGCUGGCCGCUCAUCAUGAACGAAUUUCAACAACGUGGUGCAACUCUGAUCGAACCGCUUUGUGGAGUGUGGACAACACUCAACCACACACAGCGUGUUGCCGUAAGAGUUCCGCGCAACGAUCACUUGCGCUGCGCUGUGGACACCAUCUCCACCCACCUCUACAGAGAGGAGCGUGCCAUGCAUCAGGAGCAGCGAGAGAGCAGCCAGUCCCAAUUGAAAGAACAGAUUCGGCGAGCCAAGGAAGAGUUGGCGGAGGCCCAAGAGGAGGAGAAGGAAGGGAUAGAGACUCUUCAACAGGAAAUCGCUGCUCUUCAGAAAAAUAUGGUGCGCCGCCGGGGUAAAGAACUCGCGAAUCUGAAGAGACAGGAGGAUGCCUUGCAACAGAAAGUUAACGAACUGAGAGACAGGGUGUCAGAGCGACAGGACGCAGUAAGCGACGCGGAGGAAGAGCUGGUGCUGGUGUGCCGCCGUAGCGCAGCUCGUUCAAGGCGGUUAAAGAUGUUGCGACGGGAGUAUUCCCGCUUGCGGGACCUCACAGAUUCCUCAAAAUGCCCCCGCGUGGAGGUAGCGCUUAUAGCGGACGGUUAUUCAACGUUCGUGUCAUCCGACGUCACGAGGUUGGACGUUGUCGAUGAUGCGUGCACCGUGUUUGUUGGCGAGGUGCCGUUGGUGAGGGGGUUUUGUGGACGCGCGGUGCUGCUUGUGGAUGGACUGGAGGCUGUGCAAUGGGAUGUACGCCCCGGGAGGUAA